GCCCCCGGCCCAACCGAGCCCGCAGCAAGGGGCAGCCAGCGGGGCCCGGGCCCGCACACCAUGUUCCUCCCCCCCGCCGCCCCUUGAGCGGCCCCCGCCAUCGGCCGCACCAUGCACCAAGCGCUCACCCCUCCGCGCUCCAGCGACAUCUCCCUCUCCGACUCCGGGGGAUCAUUCAAUAGAAGAAAACGAAACUCCCUCUACGUAACUGUGACUCUGCUCAUUGUGUCAGUGUUAAUACUAACAGUGGGGCUCGCGGCGACAACAAGAACCCAAAAUGUGACUGUCGGAGGUUAUUACCCCGGGGUUAUUCUUGGUUUUGGAUCAUUUCUUGGAAUCAUUGGAUCAAACCUGAUAGAAAAUAAAAGGCAAAUGCUGGUGGCUUCCAUCGUCUUCAUCAGUUUUGGGGUGAUCGCUGCAUUUUGCUGUGCCAUUGUGGAUGGUGUGUUUGCUGCCAGGCAUAUAGACCUUAAACCUCUGUAUGCAAACCGAUGCCGCUACUACCCCAAGACUCCCCAAAAGGAAAUAGAAGAGGUGUUUUGCCCAUUACCCACCCGGGGUGCAUGCACACCCAAAAUAAAGGGCAAUACCUGCUUCUGCUGUGACCUCUACAACUGUGGCAAUCGUGUGGAAAUUUCUGGAGGGUAUUAUGAAUAUAUUGAUGUCAGUAGCUGCCAAGAUAUCAUCCACCUUUACCACUUGCUCUGGUCGGCCACCAUUUUGAAUAUAGUGGGACUGUUUCUGGGAAUCAUUACUGCUGCAAUCCUCGGAGGCUUUAAAGAUAUGACUCCUUCUCUGCCAGCAUUGAACUGUACAGUCGAAAAUGCCCAUCCUACGGUAUCUUAUUAUUCAAGGCCUCAGGUGGCAUCAUACAACACCUACUAUCACAGCACUCCUCACCUGCCACCAUAUUCAGCUUAUGAUUUCCAGCAUUCCAGUGUCUUUCCAGCCUCCACUCCAUCCGGCCUCUCAGAUGAGCCCCAGUCCACGUCACCAACGCAUAGCUACAUGUGGUCAGCGAAUGCUCCCCCACGCUAUUCUCCCCCAUAUUUUCCACCUUUUGAAAAGCCACCACCUUACACCCCAUAAAAACACCUGCUGUUGAGCUUCCUGUGGACAUUUGUAUUUAUCUAUUUUGUUGGAGGCGGGGACAGAGUAGGAUAUAACGGAUGAUUCCUACCCACAGUCGAAGAGGCUAAGAACUGCCUAGCAUUUAUAGCGGAGGCUCGUUUGCAACAGGGCAGAGAUGGGGCGUCCGCUCCUCUCACUCUUGCUAGCUCAUGCUUUUUACCCGCGAGGGCUGGGAUCAAGUAGGAGCUUCGCAUGCUGCGACCUCUAUUAUCCUCUGGCUCUACUUCUGUAUUCAGCAUCUGCCCGGUUGCCAUCUGCUUCAUUUUAUGCAAAUUGGGCGUAGCCUUAGGCAACUGGCAAAUUGCCACCCUAACCCCUCGGAUGAAACACCUGGUGCAUAGUCUGCCCGUCCCCCAGCUAUCGCAGCCAGACCCCAAGGGCAACUCUCCAGCCGAUGGGGCUUUAAGCAGGAGAGACCCAGGAGGCCCUGGGCUGGACGCUGUGCCACCCAGAGUUGACAGCCAGGUCCAGCUCCGGUAUUUUGUUUCAGGAUGCUGAAGCCAGCCAGAGAAAAGACCUCCGACCUGACUUCAAAGAGGGUUGGCAAAGUGGUCCUGUUGAGCAUACAGGUUGGAUCCCUGUUGUGGUUUCUGCCAAAGGGAAAAGUGCAAUAUUCCUUCUCACAGCAGGGAGUCAGGAUAUCAACACACAAAAAACCCCAAGAUCCAUUUUAGCCCUAAUUCCCAAAUUAGGAAAUUGGGGAAUUUCCUAAGUGGGUCCUGAGGGCCCACCUGCUGGUGGGGAUACAUGUUAAAUUAACAGAAAAUCUGCUCCUCGUUGACAUUCAGAUCAUAUGUGGAUAAACCUCUGUGCGGUGGAGUAAGUGCUAGAUUAGGUUCUGAAGUUGUGGUAUGAAUUUUUAGUGAUCUUUGUGACUGUUUAAUCGUCCCAAAUUGUUAGUUGAUCUAGAACCUCAAGAGAUGUUGCAUGCAGCCUCACACCAGAUGCCUUUCAAUAUUCUCUAUAAUCUUGUUUUUAAAACCAAUCAUCCCGCUAUCUCAUUAGAUGUUAUGAAAGUGUCAGGGAUCCCAUAUGAGCUCUGUAAAGUGUCAAAAUGAUCUUCUUCCAUUAAGAAUGUUACCAUUUCCAAACCCUCAAAUGUAUUAUAGCUUCUAUCCCACUCGUCUCCAUUAUGUAUCAUUUAAUGUAAAUAACCUGGUCUAAAGGAAUAAAUCGAGAGUCCUAUGUUACUAA